AUGGCUCAGUCAGAUGAAGACGAUGACCUUAUAAACGAUAAGCAGAUCCUCACAAUAGAACUAGGAGAGGCAGAGCAAUCUAGGGAUGAUCUAGUGGUCUGUGUAGUAGACCGAGAUGAGACAAUAGCUAAUCUUGAAAUAGAAAAGGAGGCCUUGAAUGAAAGAAUAACUAGCCUUAACAAUGAGAAACACACCUCAGAAGAAAAAGUUGCAUCUACUGAAGAGGAAAGGGAUGACCUGUUAGCAAUAUGCACUGAUCUAGAGGACAUCAUUGAGGGACUCAAUAGAGAGCAUAUGAAUGUAAGUCUUGGGAAAGGGAAGGAAGUAGCUAGUGAGACACACAUCAUGCUUGAAAAAGAGUUAAAUGUUGUAAAAACCAGUCUUUGCAGUGAACUCGAGAGGAAUCAGCAACUCCAAGCUGAGUUGGAGAAAGUAAGAAAUGAUCUUGAGAAAUUCCUGAAGUGGACCUGGUCAUUACAGCAAGAGAGUCUAAGCCUCAAGUUUCAGAAAAGUAAGAGGAGUGUCAAGACAAGGAAAAAGAGGAAAAUGAAUCCAAAGGAUUUCAUCAAGAGUGUGUCAAUAAACCAAAUAGACCAAGAUGCUUCCAAGGAACCUAGUUCCUCAGUACAACAAUCUAUGACAAUUCAACAGUCUAUGAAAAGGGCCUUCGAUGAAACUGUUGAGAAACAGAAAGGGUCAUCUGCGAAGUACAGUAGCAAGUCUAAACGGAGUCUUACUGAGCUAGUCGUGUCUGAGGACAAUACUGGGGGGAUGGCAAGCUGGAAAGGAAAGUCUGCCGAAGGGCAUCAUCUCAUAGAGGACCAGGUUUCAAAAGAGAAGAGUGAUAGUUGGAUUGUGGACUCAGGAGCCACACAUCACAUAUCCUCUACACUAAACUUAAUAAGUGAUGUGAGCAAAGUGAAGGGAAGAGAUAAAGUGACAUUACCAAAUGGAGGUUGUGCAAAAAUAGAGCAUGUUGGGAGUUCAUAUUUGUCAGCUAUUGAUAAAUUGAAAAAUGUGCUUCAUAAUCUUUACAAUGGCAGGGUGAAGGGGAUUGGUAAGGAAGAGGGACUAUAUGUGCUGAAGGGAAAAGGAAUCAAACAACUAGCAACUCAUGUUGGUGUAAAGGUCUUAACUGGAGAUACAUGGGAUCUGUGGCACAAAAGGCUAGGCCAUGCUUCCAUUCCUGUAAUGCAGCAUGUUUCUUUCUUACAAAAUAAAGUAGAUAGUGAAGUGCAAAAUAAAUGUUUUGUUUGUCCUUUAGCAAAACAGUCUAGACUGAGUUUUCCUGACAGUGAAAAAAGGAGUACUAGACCUUUUGAGCUUGUCCACAUGGAUGUCUGGGGGCCAUAUAAGAAGGCUACCCAUGAUAGGAAGCACUAUUUUCUUACAGUUGUAGAUGAUUUUUCCAGGCCUGAUUUUCCAGCUUCUGAAGAUGUUGUUCCAGCAAUCAGUGGUUUAGAAGAGUCUUCCCAAGGUCUUUACUCAGAUGAAGAACCAAGAGGACAUAAUCCUGAUGAGCCAACUAUGGGCCAUCAUGAUGUAGAUGCUGAAUCUGCACCACACAUGGAGGAGACUAACGAACCAGCAAUGGGCAAUCCUAAUGCAGAUGAGGUUACAAGUGAGCUACCUAACAAUGCAGACUGUGAUUUUGCAGUCCAUGCACAGCUAGAAGACAUUGUUGCUCCGGAUGAGAUACAUCCUGUUGAAUCCAGUUCUAAUGUGCCUGUUUGA